AUGUUCAAUGUUCGUCGAAAGCCGAUGCUGAUCCCCGUCUCGGCGCGAGCGAAAAGCCCCAGGCGACAGCCCAACAUGCUCACCGUCAAGCGCGCCUUGAUCGCCGCCGCCUUCUUCAUCACCAUAUUCUACAUCGUCACCCGGUCACACGGGCCCGAGAUCCCGCCACCCGCCGCUCCCAUACGGCCAGGCGAGGUCUUGCUGGAAACAGACAGUGCUCACAGCGAGUCCUCGAAACAGUCCCCUUCCUCGUCAGAUGCGACACGUGUAGCUGAGAAGCCCCUGGACAAUGCCGGUUCAGGCGGUGGCGGUGGCGGCGGGAGUGUCAGCGCUGUAACGGGACAAAAGACAAUGCAGGACAUGUCCAAGAUGUCCACCUACGACAAGCUCGCCUACCAAUUCCCCUACGAUGUCGAGACAAAGUUCCCCGCGUACAUUUGGCAGACAUGGAAAUAUACCCCGGCGAGCGGAAAGUUCAAGUUCAGGGAGGAGGAGGCCACGUGGACCGAGCACCACCCUGGAUUCAUCCACGAGGUUAUAACUGACGACGUCGCCGAGAACCUGGUCAAACUUUUCUAUGCAUCCGUGCCAGACGUGAUCGAGGCCUACACCUCAUUGCCCCUCCCAGUGCUCAAAGCCGACUUCUUCAGGUACCUGAUCCUACUUGCGCGCGGCGGCGUCUACAGCGACAUCGACACCUCGGCACUCAAGUCCGCGGUGGAGUGGGUGCCCGAUUCAGUCCCGCGCGAAACAAUCGGUCUGGUGAUUGGCAUUGAGGCCGACCCAGACAGGCCCGACUGGCAUGACUGGUACAGCCGGAGGAUCCAGUUCUGCCAGUGGACAAUCCAGUCGAAGCCGGGACACCCAGUCCUGCGCGACAUCGUCUCGCGGAUUGCGGCGGAGACGCUCAAGAGGAAGAGGUCGGGCCUACUUACCGGGAUGGACACAAAGAACGUGAUAGAGUUCACGGGACCGGCGGUCUGGACCGACACGAUUUUCGAGUACUUCAACGACCCGCGGUAUUUCGACAUGAGCACGAGCAAGGGGGCAAUCGACUACAGGAAUUUCACAGGUAUGGAGGUUGCCAAGAAGGUCGGCGAUGUCAUAGUCCUGCCCAUCACCAGUUUCUCGCCUGGCGUUCAGCAGAUGGGCGCCAAGGAGCCUGACGACCCCAUGGCGUUUGUGCAUCACGACUUUGAGGGCACGUGGAAGCCUGAGAGCGAGAGACACAUCGGCCCGGAAACUUGA